UUUAUAUGGCUUUGAAUUGCUAUGCCACCAUAAAAUUACCUCCUACUCAAUAGCUAAUCAUUACCCUCACCAUUGCAGAAUGAACUACAUUGUGGCAGUAGAUAAAUUAUAAAAAUUAUCUGUCAGUGUCCGUCUCUCACGCCCCCAGGCUAUCUCUUUUCCUUGUCUCUUUGUCCACUUCUUCCCCUUUUCUUCAGUCUUCACUCUAUUUUUCUUUCAUUGCUUCAUUGGAUUUUAUUUUUUUCAAAAGGAGAGAACAGAAAGGAAAUAUAUGGUUAUGGAUGACUAUUGAACUGCUGACUGAGAGAAACCAUGAUGGACUGGGACAGUAACAACCAACAACAACUACCCCACCACCAAAAUCAAGAGAAUCACAGAGCAAAUGUUUCUGUUGCUGUUACUGGGAAUACUGGAGGAGGAGGAGGAGGAGGAGGAGGGGUAAUGUAUGUCAAGGUAAUGACAGAUGAGCAAUUGGAGACUCUCAGGAAGCAGAUUGCAUUUUACGCUACUAUUUGCGAGCAACUCGUCGAGAUGCACAAAACCCUCACUGCUCAGCAAGAUCUCGCAGGAGGCAGGCUGGGAAAUCUCUACUGUGACUCGUUGAUGAUGGCUUCAUCUGGCCACAAAAUUACUGCUAGGCAGCGUUGGACUCCAACACCUGUGCAGCUUCAGAUAUUGGAACGUAUCUUUGAUCGAGGAAAUGGAACUCCCAGCAAGCAAAAGAUCAAAGAGAUAACUUGUGAACUCAGUCAGCAUGGCCAAAUUUCUGAAACGAAUGUUUAUAACUGGUUCCAAAACCGGCGUGCUCGAUCAAAAAGGAAGCAACUAGUUGGACCAUCUAAUAAUGCUGAAUCAGAAGUGGAGACAGAGGUUGAUUCACAGAAUGAUAAAAAAACAAAGCCAGAGAUUUUCCAUUCCCAACAGAACCAACCUCUUCAAGCUGAAGAUGUGUGUUUUCAUAGCCCGGAGAUGAGCUCUGAACUUCAUUAUUUUGGUAUGGAAUGACGACCUGAGUGGAAAGAUGGGAACGCGGGGAAGCUAUGAUCUUUACGAGCAGGAAGAAAACUAUAGCAUGUGAGAGGGGCUGAGACUCACUUCAUCCGCCUGCCCCUGCCUUUGUUAAUUUGUGGCAAGAAAUGAUAUAUGACGUUGCUCUGUGAUUUAGAUGAAAGCGGAGAAAGUUGGUCCCAAUCAAGGGAAAAACAUUAAACAUACAUGGCUAACACCUUAUAAGCUUGUAAAUACUACUUAUUGCUGAAUGUUGACUAAUGAGUUGGUUAUGUGAGAAUCUGAAUGAUCAACCUCCUUUGGGCUAGUUUUGUUUAGAA